AGAGACACUUCCACAUUUUGUUUCCAUAACCUCAAUUUUUCGUUCAUAAUCUUCAAGUUAAAGUGUAUUCAUUUUUGAUAAAAUUUGUCUAAUGACCGAGUAACGUAACUAAAAUGGCUUCUUUAGUCAUUUACUUGUUAGGGGCAUUUGUGAGGGUCUGGUUAUGUACCUCCGAGUAUCGAAACGUGAUAGCAGAUCGGAUCGAAAUAUCUACACCUUUGAAUUCGUGGAAGCGCGUUACCGAAGGCUUGCAUUUACUUGAUCUUAAGAUUUAUCCUUAUACCGGUGAUACGUUACACGAACCACCUUUGCAUUUACUUGCUUAUAAUUUUGUAGUUAAGAGUUGUGGAGACUACUUAUACGUAAUAUUUGUGUGCUGCGAUUUAUUUACUAGUUAUUUAUUGUAUACGUGUGCCCGGAAGUAUAUGGAACAUUUGCGAGAGACUCAAAACAGAAAUAAAGACAAGUAUGCUAAAGAUGCUAUGAAUCUUUUGUUGACUGAGAAAGACUUUGCCAUUUCACCUCAAUAUGUCGCAGUUGCUUAUUUAUUUAAUCCAUAUACAGUAUUUAAUUGUGUUGGAUUUACCACUACAGUAUUUGGAAAUUUUUUUAUUGCCGCCUUUUUGGUGGGGUUGAGCUAUGGUAAUUUACUGUUUGCUACACUGCCACUGGCGAUUUGCAUAUCACAAAGUUUCUACCCAGUGCUAUUAAUUUCGCCACUUUUUCUUCAGUUGAUAAUGAAGAAGGAUUCAAAGAUAAAAGGUGCAAUAGCUGUUAUGUUAACAGUUGGCUUUUGGAUUGCGAUUACGUACUUAUCGUAUAAUCUGUAUGGCCGUUGGGAUUUUAUUGAGAACACCUAUGGAUUUAUCUUGACAGUACCUGAUUUACAUCCUAAUAUUGGAUUAUUUUGGUAUUUCUUUAUUGAGAUGUUUGAACAUUUUCGCCAUUUGUUUAUAUAUUCAUUUCAAAUUAAUGUCACAAUAUUGUAUUUAGUUCCCUUAUCAAUUCGUUUCCGUAAAGAUCCAAUGUUACUUGCUACAAGUUUAUUGUCGCUAACUGCAAUAUUUAAAUCUUAUCCGUGUCUAGGUGAUGUGGGAUUUGUUAUUUCCCUUUAUCCUUGUUGGAGGCACUUGUUCAACUAUGUUCAACAAGGGUUUCUAGUGAGCUGCUGUUUUUUCGUCACUACAAUUUUGGGACCUACAGUGUGGUACCUAUGGAUAUACUCGGGAUCGGCUAACGCUAACUUCUAUUUUGGCGUAACAUUAGCAUUCGCAACUGCUCAAAUAUUCUUAAUAACCGAUAUCUUGUUUUCGUACACUAAGCGGGAAUUCUCUCUAAAGUACGGCAGAAUCCGUAAAAUAAAUGCGAAGGUUGCGCAAUUAACCUUGGAGUAAUUCGUGUAAAGUAGAAUGUGUCUAUUAUUUGUGAUAUUCACGUAAUAAUUUAGGAUUAGCGUUUUGAUAUUGUUAUUAUAAGAUCUCUUAUCCUGACAAUAUAUUAAUUAAAGACCUUACAAAAUUA